AUGUGCGGCACAGACGGAACAAACGGCGCAAACGGUGCCAAUGGCACAAGCGGUGCUGCUGCGAACAAUGGCGCGCAUUUCCGAUCGAGCCCAUACCAGCCUGUGGGCGACUUCCUGUCCAAUGUCAACAAGUUCAAGAUCAUCGAGUCGACGCUGCGUGAGGGCGAACAAUUUGCCAACGCCUACUUCGAUACCGAGACCAAGAUCAAGAUUGCCAAGGCCCUCGAUGAAUUCGGCGUCGACUACAUCGAGCUCACCUCGCCGGCUGCGUCGGAGCAAUCGCGCAGGGACUGCGAGGCCAUUUGCAAGCUUGGCCUGAAGGCCAAGAUUUUGACACAUGUUCGAUGUGAUAUGCGCGAUGCCAAGCUCGCUGUCGAGACUGGUGUGGACGGCUUGGACGUUGUCAUCGGCACGUCUAGUUUCCUCCGAGAGCACAGCCAUGGCAAGGACAUGGCCUACAUCGAGAAGACGGCCAUUGAGGUGAUCGAGUACAUCAAGUCUAAGGGGCUUGAAGUGCGCUUCUCCAGCGAGGAUUCGUUCCGUUCCGAUCUAGUCGACCUCCUUUCCCUAUACCGGGCGGUUGACAAGGUUGGCGUAAACCGUGUUGGUAUUGCCGACACUGUUGGCUGCGCUUCUCCUAGACAGGUCUACGACCUCGUCCGGACGCUUCGUGGCGUCGUUUCUUGUGACAUUGAAACCCACUUCCACGAUGAUACCGGCUGCAGUAUUGCGAAUGCUUACUGCGCUCUCGAGGCUGGUGCCACCCACAUCGACACCAGUGUACUCGGCAUUGGUGAGCGUAACGGCAUCACGCCCCUUGGCGGUCUUCUUGCCCGCAUGGUGGUGAGCUCCCCUGACUAUGUCAAGGGCAAGUACAAGCUCCACAAGCUCAAGGAGCUUGAGGACAUGGUCGCCGAGGCUGUCGAGGUCAACACUCCGUUCAACAACCCCAUCACCGGCUUCUGUGCCUUCACCCACAAGGCCGGCAUCCAUGCCAAGGCCAUCCUCAACAACCCCAGCACCUACGAAAUUCUCAACCCCGCCGACUUUGGCUUGACUCGCUACGUCCACUUUGCCUCGCGUCUGACUGGCUGGAAUGCCGUCAAGACAAGAGUUGGACAGCUCGGCCUCGUCAUGACGGAUGACCAGGUCAAGGAGGUCACCGCCAAGAUCAAGGCGAUGGCUGACGUGCGGCCGAUUGCGAUUGAUGAUGCGGAUUCUAUCAUCCGCAGCUUCCACCUGACGCUGCACGAGAACAACGCUGUCCCAGAAAACGGUAACGUUCCCGUCGAGGUCGUACAAUAG